GAGAGAGAGAGAUCCCUCACACUCACUCACUCUCUCACACACACGGAAACCUCUCAAGGCAGGGAGAAACGAGCGAGCAGGAAUCUUCCCUUUGGCAAUGUUUGGAGGCAGAUCCCUGACUCUACUCCACCAGGUUACACUGAGACAGACAGAAACCCGGGCAAUAUAGCCCCUGCUGCUGUUUCUCUCCUCGCACUGGAACGGCCGGGAGGAUUUUCUCUCUGAAAUGCGGAAAGUGUACGUGGGUGAAACUAUCAUCUAGUGAGAAUUCGCUGGAAUGCGAUCAGACAGUAUUUGUUGAAGGUGAUGGAUCUCAUCCACGUUCCGGGGGUAGCAGGGCUCCUCUCUCUCCUGUUCUUACUGUGGCCCGUGCCCUCUUGCUGGGCACAGAGUGUGGUGAAAUUUUCCCUGCAGGAAGAGCAGCCUCCAAAUACCCUGAUCGGGAAUCCAGGCGAGACCCUGGGACUGGACAAGAACAACAGACUGUUCAAGCUGGAGAUCGGUAAACCAUACCUGCGAGUGGAUGAGACGGGAGGGAACCUGUACACCACUGAGAUCCCCAUAGACAGGGAGGGGAUGAACUGCGAGACACCGCUGCAAUGUUUCUUAGAGUUUGAGAUCUCAGUAACCAACACUCUGUACAACUCGGUGCCGAUACUGAUGGAAGGCAAGAUUCAUAUUCUGGAUAUCAACGACAACACCCCCAGUUUUAGCUCCCCGGUCAUUUCCAUCUCUAUCCCAGAGCACACCACAGCGGGUACUAUCGUCAAUAUCCCCACUGCCACUGACCGUGAUGCUGGCACUAAUGGAGUGGCCAGCUAUGAGCUUCUUGGCAGCGAAGCCCAUGGGUUGUUCAGCUUGCAGGUGGCUGAGGAACACGGUGAGAAGCUGCCCCAGCUGAUAGUGACUGGCCGCUUGGACAGAGAGCAGCGGGACACCUAUGACCUGACCAUCCGAGUGGUGGAUGGGGGUAAACCCUCAAGGGCCAGCACUGCCAUCCUUCGCAUCACUGUGCUGGACAUCAAUGACAACACCCCCAAGUUUGAGAGGUCCUCCUACGAAGGCACGGUGGAAGAGAACAGCCCGGUGGGCACCUCCAUCCUCCAGGUGAGGGCCAAUGACCUUGAUCUGGGUGACAAUUCCCAGAUCGAGUACACCUUUGCCCAGGCUGCCGAGAGCGCCCGCCGCUUGCUCAGGCUGGACAAGACCAGUGGCUGGAUCACAGUGCAGGGACCAGUGGACCGGGAGCAGAUCAGUCAGUUCAGAUUCUUCGUCCAUGCCCGAGACAAGGCUCCCAUCCCCAAACAGGACAGGGCGGCAGUGACCAUCACCGUCAGGGACAAGAACGAUAACGCCCCCACCAUUGAGAUCCGUGGCAUCGGCCUGGUCACCCACAAGGAUGGGGUUGCCAACAUCGAUGAGGAUGUGCCCGUUGAUUCUCCAGUGGCCCUGGUCCAGGUUUCAGACCGAGAUGAAGGUGAGAAUGCCGCAGUCACAUGCAUUGUUGCUGGGGACGUCCCCUUUCAGCUGAAACCAGCCAGCGAGUCCAGCAGUGAGAGGAAGAAGAAAUUCUUCCUGCAGACAACCACCCCGUUGGAUUACGAGUCCAUCCAGGAUUACCUGAUUGAGAUUGUGGCAGUCGAUUCUGGUAACCCACCGCUCUCCAGUAGCAACACUCUGAAAGUGCAGGUGGUGGAUGUGAAUGACAACCCUCCAAUCUUCACGCAGAAUGUCAUCCGGGUCUCCAUCCAUGAAAACAACCAGCCAUACAUUCCCAUCGUCAAAGUGCAGGCAACAGAUGCUGACAGUGGCAGCAAUGCUGAGCUGAUCUACUCUAUACACCCAGACCCGUCCAUUCAGGGCUUAUUUGACAUCAACCCAGACACAGGAGAGAUUCGGGUCAAUGCUAUUCUUGACCGUGAGCAGCAGGAGCAUUACGAGUUCAAGGUGGCUGCAGCAGACAAAGGCACCCCCAGCCUUAAAGGGACAGCCACAGUGGUGGUGAGUGUUCUGGACGAAAAUGAUAAUGACCCAAAAUUCAUGCUGAAUAGCUACAGUUUCUCAGUGCGAGAAAAUCUCCCUCCAUCCAGUCCAGUUGGCAUGGUGACUGUGUCAGAUGCGGAUAAGGACAUGAAUUCCAGAAUAUCUCUCUUUGUGGAUCCAGACAAUGGUGAGUUUGAGAUACAAAAUGGCACGGGCACUAUUCUUUCCCGCGUCUCCUUUGACCGAGAACGUCAAAGUACGUACACCUUUCAACUGAAGGCAAUAGAUGGUGGGACCCCUCCCAGGUCAGCUUAUGUCAGUGUCACCAUCAAUGUUUUAGAUGAAAAUGACAACACUCCCUUCAUCACCCAACCUUCCAAUUCCUCCUUCCAGCAUAUCAACCCCCUCGCUCAUAUAGGGACAUCAGUGGAACAGGUAAAGGCUGAAGACAUGGACAUUGGAACCAAUGCCAACUUGACAUACAGUAUUGUAAGUGGAAAUCCCUUUGGCCUGUUCCAUAUCUCUCAUGACGGAAUCAUACUGUUGGACAAGGAAAUUUCACGGAGACAUUACGGCUUGCAUCGGCUUGUGGUCAGGGUGAAGGAUGGAGGUACACCAUCUCGCUUUGCUACUGCACUAGUGCACAUUUAUGUCAAUGAUACGAUGGGAAAUGUCAGCCAAGUGGAGGCUUUGGUAGGCCACAGUCUCAACACACCACUUGACGUGGACAUUGCAGGAGAUCCUGAGUAUGAGAAAAGUAAGCAGCGAAGCAAUGUCUUGUUCGGAGUGAUCGCUGGGAUUAUUGCCGUCAUACUGGUGAUUGUGAUUGUGGUGUUGAUUCGUUACUGCAGGCAGAAGGAAGCCAAAAGUGGCUAUCAGGCUGGUAAGAAAGAAAACAAGGAUCUGUAUGCUCCAAAACAGACUAAUAAAAACACUAAGCACAAAAUCAAGAAGAGCAAACCCCCAAAACCUACCAAGCCACUGGAGGAUGAGGAGACUGGAACCCAGAGGGGACUACAGUUCAACUUGAUCAAUGAAUCCAACAGUGACAGUCCUAGGAUUCAUCUACCACUCAACUGUAAUCCAGGGAGCCCUGAUCUUGGAAGGCACUACAGGUCAAACUCUCCACUGCCAUCCAUUCAACUGCACCCACAGUCACCCACUGCUGGCAAGAAGCACCAGGUUGUACAAGACCUUCCAGCGACCAACACCUUCGUUGGGACUGGGGACAACAACUCGACUGGCUCAGACCAGUACUCUGAUUACAGUUACAAGACCAAUCCUCCAAAGUACAACAAGCAGCUUCCCCACAGAAGAGUGACCUUCUCCACAGCCAAUCAGUCCCAGGAUCUGCAAGACCCAAACCAGCACAGUUACUAUGACAGUGGGCUUGAAGAGUCAGAAACCCCAAGCAGCAAAUCAUCUUCAGGGCCACGUCUGGGACCCCUUACCCUGCCUGAGGACCACUACGAACGCACCACACCUGACGGCAGCAUUGGAGAGAUGGAGCACCCGGAGAAUGAUCUCAGACCACUACCUGACGUUGCUAUGACUGGGAACUGCACAAGAGAAUGCACAGAGUUUGGUCAUUCUGACUCCUGCUGGAUGCCAGGGCAACCAUCCCCCAACAGGAAGCAGAAAAAUGCCCCCAAACUUUCCACCUUUGUGCCUUAUGAAGAACGGGGGAGCCAGGAUCGCCUCAGCAACGUGAGCCCCCGUCUCAUGGAGGAUGGCAACGCCAAGUUGGCCAAUAUUCGAUUCAUACCAACGCACAGUGCCUUCCCCAGUUCGAACCAUGAGCUCAACAAGGACUCGGCUCUGGAGGAAAUCCCACUCACCCAACCACCUGACUAUCAACACACGACUGGCCCUGCUCCACCCAGUUCCAAGCGAGAGAUUUAUCUGUGACGGGAGGCGGAGCCUGCUGUGUGCCUGUUGCAAGCUGUUUUAUAACCACAUGGAAAUGCGAGGGUUAAGUAGGGGAAAACAGCAAAGAGGAACAUACAGUGAGAACAAACUUAAAACACAAAGGCUUUAUUGUCCGCAGUACAAUUCUAUGGUGAACUUGAAUUUCAGAGAAAGGACAGGUUUGAAAUGGAACUUUCCAACUGAGUAUUGAGCAGGGUUUUCCACACCAUUGGCAGAGUCUUCACCCCAACAGCAGAAAAGAACACAGGCAGAUCAGCAGUCAAUACUCAAAUCUGACCUGCUCAUCGUUUCCAUCGCUGUCGAACUUCUUAAUUGCAUGCAAUCAAUCGUUUUUUUUUGUUUGUUCCUUCUUUUCAGUUCCCGUUUCUUGUGUGUGGAUGUGGUGGGAGUCGGUUGUGGGAGUGGAUAAAUGCAGUUGAUUCAUGUCAUCCAUGUGGGGGUGAUGUCGGGAGAGGGGAAAACCAAAAAAAAAGAAAUUUACACUCUUGUAGUUCUAGAACUUAGCACCUCAGUGCUUAAAUCUCGUUGUCGACCACUUGUCUGGCACGUUUACCCUAACUGCAGGGACCAAUCAGCACAGAAGCUCGCAAGCAUUGCUGUACACUUGUGUAAAUAUAACCUUCAGAUGAUGUAUGACUUGCACCUCUUGUGGUUCAGAGAUUGGGAGAAAUCUCUUCCACUGUUAUUCAUGUGGCUCAGUGGUGUAAAGCAAAGCGAUCUUAAGUUGUGUUUUUCUUCAUGUAAAUAAUUUGAAAGGUAGCAAUGAAAUGUCAUUUUGUAAGUCUAGCUGAAGAAUUCGUCCAGUGACCUAAUUAAGUUUGAUGGUGGUUCAUUAUGGCCUUUGCCUUUUCUGCUAUUUAUAAUUGUUCAGAAAACGGGUACUGGUGAACCAUGUCCAGUCUCCAUUCUGCUACUCACUGUUCCCUUCUUUUGCUUUUAAAAUAAAACAAAGGACUUGACUUGUCAUUUUAACAUUUACAUGACUAGUGGUCUCAGGUGCCACUUAAUUUGAUAUGGGACAAUGGAAAGGGAGGUAUAUACCUCUGGACCUUGGUCUGUGAACCUCUGGGAUGAUCAUAGCCAUUGCUGGGUCUGCUGUUCACUCUUGCUGAACAUAGAGGGUUUACUUCUUAGACACUUCACUCUGCUCCAUAUGCACCAUAUAAGGAUUGAAGCCAGGUCCAUGUGCCUGUCAGCUUUCUGUAAGCUAAUGCAUUGGUGUGAAUGGCAUUGUAGUUUUUAUGAGCUACUUUAUUGAAACUUCUUUAAGGUGUGGUUUAGAGAGUGUACGUGUGUGUGCGUGCCCAUGUAUGCAUGAAUAUUUGUUCAUGUGAAUGUGUAUUUGUGUGCACAGAAAUAUGCACAUACAUAUGCAAAAAUCCAUAUGUGCACAUAUGAAUGUACAAAUAUAUUUACAUGUGCAUUUGCAUGUGUGCACGUGACAUAUAAUUACAUAAGUGCUCAUGUGUGUCUGUGUAAGCAUUUAUGUGCGUGUUUGCAUAUGUCUGUGCAUGUAUCUAUGCACAUAUAUGUGCUGCUGUAUGCAAGCAUAUUGUUGCUUGUGUACGUGUAUGUGUGUAACUCUGCAUGUUUGUGUUAUUGAAUACGCGUGUGAUUGAAUGUGUAUGUGUGAUUGUGCGAUUAUGUUUGUGUGUGUGAUUAAGUAUGUGUGCAAGUGUAUGAUUAAGUGUAUGCAUGUUUAUCUGUGUGUGCGUGUGCGCAUGUGAUUAAGUAUGCGCAUGUUUGUUUGUGGGCUUCAAUGGGUGUGUGAAAAGAUUAGAGUGGUGCUUGAAAAGCACAGCAGGUCAGGCAGCAUCAGAGGAGCAGGAAAAUUGACGUUUCGGUCAGGAGCCCUUCAUCAGGAAUCACUGAAAUUCUGUGUGCGUGUGUGUGUGUGUGCGUGCUUGCGUGUGUGUGUGUGUGAGUGACAUAUGAGAUUGAGUGUGCAGGCAUGUGAAUGUAUCUGUAUCAUUGAAAUGGAUCUCCCAGAGAAAAGGAAAGGGAGGGAAGAGCAGUCAGUAUUAUCCACAGCUGCACACCAACUGACCGCUGAUACAGCGGUGUUCCCUUCCUCUCAGUAUCCCCAUGGGCAAGAAUUUUUACAAUACUUUUAGAUGUUCUUAUUAUGUCGUGGUCAUUGUACCAAUCGUAUUAAAGUAUCUUCUUCAGGACUGAAUACUGAGCAUUCAGUAAUAAAGUGAAUAUGGAAUUGGACAGAUGGCUUUCCCAUAACUAUACCAUUAAAAUCUACUCAAACGGUGAAAGUGGAUUUUUUUUAUUCAACCAUCAAAUAAGUACCAACCGAGCCCCCAAGUCUCAUGGAGAUCAUUUCAUUACUCAGUGAUCAGGGCAUCUUAUGGCAUUUUAAAUUAAUUUUGUGACCAAUUACAGAUCACAGCACUGCUACCUACUCACUGCUCAUUUUAAUCUUUUAGUUCAAUGACCCAGCAACCAUUUUCUUCAAUGGUCUUAAUUAUGGUGAUUGUUUCCAAAUACUGCACCCUUCCCAGUUGUACCCACUUUCCCAACUUGUGAAGCUCCAAUCAAGGAAGAUGGUGCAUUUGUAUAAAAGAAAAUUGUUAUGUUAGCAUGACUAUUGCUCUGUUGUCACAAAAUAUUUGCAUUCUUCUGUGUGUGUGUGUGUAUGUACUUUUUUUUGUUUCAACAUCUGUGAUAGAGCCCUGCUAAAUCUGUGAUCAGACCUGAUCCCUCUCAAAUCUGGAGUUUCCAAGCUUUGCGAGUGUAGGGAAGCAUACUCACUUUGUGCCUUGUAAUGUGAAAGGGUGAUGAGAGCAGGGAUGAGCGGGAAGAGGGAGGUGGGAUGGCUAAUUUAAGUUUCUAACUAAUCUACAGCGCUCUUCACGCAUAAUUAGUGAAGACCGAAAGCCUUUCUUGGUGUAAGGGAAAAUCUUGGUGUUUUAAAAUUGAUGGGUCUCACAGCAUGAAGUCAUUGCCUAUUUUCAAAUCAGACAAACCUUUAGUUGAAAGUCUCAUCAGAAAUGAAUCAAGUUAUUCACUCUGAAUCCAUCACAUAAAUACAGAAUGUUAUCAAUAGGAUUUUUGGGCUUCAUUUUUUUUUGUUUGUAUAAGAUAGAUUGUGUUCUGGCGUGACAGUAUUGUGGGAUCUGAAUGAUAUACUGUUCAAGGCAAGAACCCCUGUGGUUAUUGUCAGAGUUCUGUCAUCUCUGAUUCUCAGGAACUAGUAGAGGGACUUGAUGUUGCUUCUGGAAAAAAAUUGUUGAACAGCUUGACGGUAUCAAUGUGGAAUUCUAAGCUGCAUGCAUUCUCAAAGUUGACACAAUUCCUUCAGUUGGACUGAGCUAGUCAGUAGCAUGACCUGGGACAGUAAUCAGAAAACAACCACUGAGGUAGUCAAAGUUAAAAAUCACACAACACCAGGUUAUAAGCCAACAGGUUUAAUUGGAAGCACUAGCUUUUGGAGCACUGCUUCCAAUUAAACCUGAUGGACUAUAACCCUGGUGUUGUGUGAGUUUUAACUUUGUACACCCCAGUCCAACACUGGCAUCUCCAAAUAAUGAGGUGGUCAGUUAACUUCCACCACCCCAAGCCUCCAGUCUAAAAUCAUUGUUGGAAGCUAUCAGUAAGAACAGGGUGUCUAUUUGGCUCAGUGGGAAACUGAAACGUUAGUGGUGCCUUGUAAUAUAACUAAGCUACAGUUUGCAUGAUGCAGGAGUCUUGGAAUUAGAACAGGUAUCACAACAAUGGGAGAAUGAAGCGUCCGGAACUCAAGUCAUACAGGUACCAAAUAUUCCCAGCAAGUAUCGAGGUGGCAGAAUGGCCACAUGGGAUCUCAAGGAACCACCUCUCCUGCAUCAGGAAGCAAAGGUUGCUGAUGCAUUUUAUUUCAUUCUAUGAAAAUGGAUCCAAUGGUAGAUUGCAUGUGUAUUUAUGAAGUAUUGUGUUGCAAUGUAGUUUACCAUGUGUUAUCCUGGACCAGACCUUGAGCGGCCCAUGCUCCUGUAAAAGGGCCAGUACUUUGAAUGAGCCUGUACCAUAUAUCUUGCUACAACUCGACAGAUUAACCAAGAUAAGUUAAUUUUCGGGGCAGGGUGGAGAGGGGGUGAACACCAGAUUCCAUGAGAUUUGGCUAAAGCAGCAGCCGCUGUUUAAAUCGAAUGAACUUCAAUGUAGGUUCUCUUUAUAUAAUUAAUUUAAUUGCUUGUAUGCCAUGUUUUUGUACAGUUUUAUGUACAUGCAAAUGUUGCUUUUAUAUAAAAAUACAAUAUCAGCAAAUGGAAGUAUGUUACUAUUUUUAGAUGGGUUUAAUGUGUAAUCAGAAUCAUAUUGUUGAAGGUGUUUGGAAACACAUGUAAUGCUUUACUAGUUAAUCCACUGGCUUCCUAUGUUAUUUCUGAGAUUUGCGCGGGCAGUGAGCACAGUUUUUGAUUCAUAUCUAUUUUUUUUUCUAUUGUUAAGCAUGUAAACAAAUUCUUGGCCCUUAUUUGCUGAGCAGUCAACAGAGAGAAGACCCAAUCAUUGUAAUUAUUUCUUC